AUGUGUAAAAGAGAGAGAGAAGAACCUUAUAGACCUUAAUAAACCUUAUAUGAAAAGAGAGAACUUUGGCAUACAAUCCUUGAAAAUAGAGGGAAUGUGAGUUUGGUGGCAUAGAGAAUGGGAAAACCUUAAGAGAUAAUAGAGUAAGAUAUAUUGGAGAUAUUUGUUGAAUGUUUACUAAUAGUUAAUGAUCAUUUGGGAUAAAGCAAGAAUGAAGCAAUAAUAUAGAAAUUGAAAGUAGAAAAUGUAGUUUCUGUAAUAUAAUUGGCUUCUAGAAAUAAUUCUUAUUAUACUAGUGUAAAGAAUCUUAACUUAUUAUUAAACAUGAUUUAAUGUGCAUUGUAAUAAGAUGAUUUGGAAAAAAAUUUGAGAGAUUUAUAAAAAUAAUCUAAAUUUGAAUGUUUAUUUUUUGAGAUAAAAUGUUUAUUUUGGGAUCAAAUAAAUGAUCUAUCAGAUGAAGAAUAACAAUAAAUAGUAGUUGUGAAUAAUGAUGCAUAGACUAAUGGAACAUUUAGUGAUAUAUAUAUAGAUUUAGAUUUAUAAUAAUAGGAAUAGAACAAAUAGGAAAAAAAGAAUAUGAUAUCAGAUAAGUAAUUUUUAACACAUUUGAAUAAGAUAAUGGCAGAUAAAUAGAUUCCAUAUUGGGAAUAAGUAGUAGUAAGAUGGAAUCUUAUGUAAAAUAUAUUUAAUAAUUGAUUUCUAUACAAUUAAUAAUUUUACUUAAUAAUAUAAAUGAAAUAUUUUAUAAUACUCUUAUUGAUUUUAAUAUCUAGAGCAAAUUUGUCAUGUGAUUAUUACUAAUCGGAAAUAGAUUGUAUCUAAAAUAACAAUUAAAAAUGCAGAUGGAAUGAAAUAACAAGUUAAUGUUUAUAUACAGAUGGAGUAAAUUUUGGAUGUUCUAAUUUGCUCAGUUCUCAAUCAUGUAUUGUCUAAACCUAUUAUCCAGAUGGUACAAUGGCAGAAUGUAAUUGAAUAUUGAUGAAUAUCAUAGGCAUAUUUAGUGGAUAUUGUCGUAAGGUGACCACCUUAUUAAGCAAUUGUUCUAAGAAUUUAUCCCGAGCAGCAUGUUUAGCAGUAUAAGAUGAUUAUUGUUUUUGGAAUGAUAGUUGUUAAACAAUUUCUGAAGCCGAAGCUAACAAUAUAGCCUGGAGUGCAUCAGAUUCAAUUGAAUUGGUGAGUGUGAAAGUUUGUCGCUUAAUAACGGCAUCAGCAGGUAAUAAGUAAGAAUAAAGAGUUAAGUUCUUCAUUAAUCCGGAGCCCAUGUAGUUUUAAAUGCCUUUUAUAAGUCAUCCCUUUUGAGUAAUCAAGCCAAUACAUAUAAAGAAUUAAUGUUGAUUCCUGGUUGUGUAAAGCCUCCUGAUUAAGUUUAUUUGUAUUUAAGAUGUUCAUCAGCAGGUUUAAAUAAAUUAGGAUGUAUAAAAAUAUAAACUGAAAGUUGCAUAUUUGUAGAUGGUAAAUGUUAAUAAGUUGAAUUUACUGAAAAACUUAAAUGUUCAGAUGCUUUAAAUUAAUUGGCAUGUCUAUCUGUUACUAAUUUUUCAGAAACUUGUUAUUGGUCUGAAGGAUAUUGUUAAUAUAAAUCUGUAAAAGCCAGUGAUGAAUGUUCAUUUGAUAUAUAAGUUUCUCCAAGUGUUUGUGCAAAUGUAUCUAGUAUUUCAUGUUUUUAUGAUUCUUAAAGUAAGAGAUGUAACUCAAUGUGUAAAUCAUAAAGUAAUAUGAAAACAGAGACUAGUUGUAGAUAAAGUUCAUCUGGUUGUAUAUGGAAUGAUGUUAAUGGAUGUCUAUUUGAUGAUAAUGAAGAAUGUGGUAAAUUAGGAUAAAAUUAAUUAUCAUGUAAUGAAGCUAUAUAAAAUUGUUAAUUUAUUGAUGGAUAAUGUUUAAAAAUUAUGUCAUUAGAUUAAUUAAAAUGUACAAGUGGUUUAAAUAAAAUAAGUUGUUUAAAUUUAAAGAAUCCAAGUUAAGUUUGUUAUUAUAAUGGUUUAUAAUGUAAAAUUUUUUAAGUGACCCCUGAAACAAUGUGUGGAGAUCUUACAUCUCAUAAUCCUAAUGCUUGUCGUAAAGUAACAACUGAAGCAUGUUAUUGGAGUGAUGGAAAAUGUAAAACAACUGAUGGUUCUUUGACUUGUGAAUAAGAAGGAUUAAAUAGAUUAGGUUGUUUGAAUAGUACAAUGUCAUCUUGUAAAUGGAAUGAAUUUUCUGGAAUGUGUAUGUCAAUAUCAAUUAAGAGAACAGAUGAAUGUUCUACAUUGAAAUUAGUUAAUGCUGUUGCUUGUAGAAUGGUUAAUUAUAUUAUAAAUUUCUAAGCUUAAUUAUGUAAAUAUAAUUCAGAAACUAAUAAUUGUGAAACUUUUAUAAUGAAUAACAGUAUACGUUGUGAUACAAUUGGUAUGAAUUAAAAAGGUUGUUCUAGUGUCACUAAUUCAUCUUUAAGUUGUAGAUGGUUAUCUAAUUAAUGUUCCACAGUAGAGAGUUUAGGUGGUGCUGUUACAUGUUCUUCAUUAUAAAGUGUUACAUCUAAAACAUGUGCAAUGGUUUAAUAGGUUGUUGAAAAAUGUAGAUAUGAUUCAAAUAUUUAAAGUUGUUCUGCUUCUGUUGAUCCAAAUACAAUAUGUACUGCAUCUGGUUUAAAUCCAUAUGCAUGUGCUUAUUUAAAAUAAUCAUGUUAUUUUGAUACAAUAAAUUAAUAAUGUAUAACAGCAACAGAUUUUACAAAUAUUAAAUGUGAUAAAAACUUCCCAUCUAAAUCAACAUGUUUAGCUAUUUCAUUAUAAGGAUAAUAUUGUAUUUGGAAUUCAAUUGAUUCAAUCUGUUAAUUAUAAGAAUUUCCAGUAUCUAAUGAAUGUUCACAAUAUAAAAAUGUUAAUAAAUUAUUUUGUUUAGCUUAUGAAAUCAGUUAAUCAAAAUGGGUAGGUGAUAAAAAUUAUUGUACUUAUAAUGGUACAACAUAAUAAUGUUAACUUUAUACUAGUGCAACUGAUUGGGCUGAUUGUGGAAGUAAUUUAGAUAUAAAUUUACAUGCUUGUAUUAAAUUUUCAAAUAAAUCACUUAAUUGUUAUUUCAAUACUACAUCAUUAAAAUGUUUAGAAAUAACUCUACAUAAUGAUCCAUUAUUAAAUUCAUUAUUAUGUAAAUAAUGUAAUUAAAAGUUAUGUUCAAGUAUAACUACAUCUGGAUAAUAUUGUUUAUGGGUUUCAUCUGCAUAAGAUAUUAAAUGUAAAUUACUUACUACUGGAUCUGAAUGCAGUAGUUAUUUGAAUGAAGAAGUUAAUUCCAAUACUUGUGCUAGUACUAAAUCUGUUUCUAGUUGUAGAUUCAAUCCUUCAACUAAGGCAUGUGUAAUAAUUGACAAUUCUGUUAAUAAUUUAUCUUGUGAUACAAGUGGUUUGAAUGAAUAAGCUUGUAUUACUAAUACAACUGGACCAUGUUAUUUUGAUAAGAAAGACUUUAGAUGUUCAGAAGUAACAAAUGAUUCAGCAAGAAGAAUAAGUUGUAGAGAUUCAGUUAAUAAAUUAGGAUGUUUAGCUUCAUAAAAAGAGGCUUGUUAUUGGGAUGAAGGUAAUAAUAAAUGUUAGAAUGUAUCUGAUAUAGAUUAUGAUACAGUAACAUGUGCAUCUUUGAAUAAUCAAUUAUAUAAUGCAAUAGUUUGUGCUAUGGUUAAUACAUAAAAUGAAAUGUGUGAAUACAAUUAAGGUACAUAUCAUUGUGAUUCAAUUUAAAUGAAUUCUAGUUGUAAAAUUGGAUAGAAUGAAGCAGCUUGUGAAUUGAAUUCUAGUUGUGAUACAUUUAAUUCUCAUGAUUAUAUGUGUUAAUCAAAACCAUCACCUCCAUAAAGUGAUUGUAAUAAUAAGAAUACAGAUAAUGAUUGUAUAGGAGUAACAACAUCUUCUUGUGGUUGGUUUAAUAAUACUUGUGUAAGUAUAAAAAUAGAUUAAAAUUCAUAAUGUAAUUAAUUUAACAUUUCAUCAGGAGGUAAAUUUAAUUCUAUGAUUUGUUCUUAAAUUUAAUCAUCAAGUUGUGGUUAUGAUUCUAUAAAUAAAGUAUGUAUUAGUAUUACAAGUACUAAUAAUCCUUGUGAUACAUCUGGUUUAAAUAUUAUAGGUUGUAUAUAAAAUACAAAAGGAUCUUAUUGUGGAUUUUGGUAGAAUAAAUGUUAAGUUAUAAAUGAUAUAACAAUGAUAAAUGGAAAUUUUGAGAAUUUAAAUGAAGAUGCAUGUGUAGAUGUAUAAAAAGUAGCAUGUUAAUUUGAUAAAUAAACUAAAUUAUGUAGUGAAAUAUCAGAGAGUACUUUAAUGAAUUUUAAUUGUUCAAGUUAUUCAGAUUCAAAUUCAAAAUUAGUUAAUAGUAAAACAUGUAAAUAUGCUAAUUCUAAUUAAUCAUGUAUUUAUGAUUCUGUAAAUCAUAUAUGUAAAGUAGAAACUAUUCCUUUAUCACUUUGUACUUCAAAUUCUAGUAUUAAUUCAGUUUAUUGUUUAAAUUAUGUUUCAUAAUAAACAUGUGAAUUUUCAUCAUAUACUUGUAGUGUAAUAACAUCAACAGAAUUCCCAUGUCCAAGUGCAGUAUCUUUUAAAUAAUGUAUUAAUAGUAGAGUAUUUGCUUGUAAAUGGGAAAAUAAUGAAUGUGUAUAUAUUACACCAAAUAAUGAUUGUACAACAUUAACUAAUAUUAAUUCAUAUGCUUGUAUGUAAAAUAAUUAUUAAAAUUAAUCUUGUUAAUUUUAAGAUAAUGGAUUAUCAUCAUAAUGUAUUAUACCAUCUAAUACACUUUAAUCAUGUGAUGGCUUAAAUAAAAUUGCUUGUAUUAAUAACACAUUAAAUUCAUGUUAUUAUUAUUAAAUUUGUAUUGAUAUAACUACAACUCCAUAUGAAGCUGAAUGUACUAGUGAUUUUUCAUUUACUUAAUCUGCAUGUAUUAGAAUCCAAACUCCAAAAUAAUUGUGUUAAUGGAAUAAUGGAUCUUGUAUUGCUAUUACUACUUAAUCAACAGAUUCAUGCAAUACAUAUUCUUCAAAUGUAUAUUCUCCAUAAGUAUGUGCUUCAAUUUAAACUGAACCUUGUUAUUGGAAUAAUGGAUGUGUCACAGCUAAUGCACCAAAUUGUAAUUCAAUAGGAGCUAAUCAAAAAGCUUGUGCUGGGGCACUCUCAGGUAAUUGUAUAUUUACUAAUAAUCUCUGUCUUGAUGUUUUAAUAAAUGAUGUUACAUCAUCUAAAUGUAGUGAUCCAUCAAAUUAAAAUGGAUGUCUUAAAUUAUAUAAUGGAUAAUCUUGUUAAUGGAUUAAUAAUACUUGUUCAUCAAUUACUGUAAAUAAUAAUUGUUUAUCUUAUUCUCAAGUAAAUCCUGGUGUUUGUUCAUAGACUACAGAUAUUCCUUGUAUUUGGAAUGCUAAUUCUUGUUAAGCAGUGACUGUUGCAUCAAUAAAUUGUGAUAAAGGAAUGAAUAAAUUAGCAUGUGUUGGUUAUACAUCUGCAUAUUGUUAUUACAAGAAUGGUAUGUGUAUGCAAGUUAAUGAUUAUACUAAUUUAGAUUGUAGUAGCAAUUUAAAUGAAAAUGCAUGUAAAGCACAUACAUUAUAAUGUUGUUAAUGGAUAUCUAAUCAAUGUGUAUCUUCAAAUUAUUAAAUUACUUGUAAUAGUAUGUCUAAUUAUUCAAAAUAUUGUUGUCAAUAAUAAAUUGGAGGUUAUUGUACUUAUACAACUACUUGUACAACAUUAGCAUCUUAAAAUUCUAGAUGUUAAGAAGCUAUAAAUAAAACAGCAUGUUUAUGGUUAUUAUAACCAUGUAUAUGGGAUGAUACUAAUUUAUUAUGUUCUCCAGUAUCUAGAUCUUAAGGAUGUGUUGAUAAUUUAAAUGCUGCAGGUUGUGUCACUUAAGAAGAUUUUUGUAUGUAUGAUGAAAAUACUAAAUAAUGUAUUUUAGGGUAGAUUACAUCUUGUAAUGCUUUAAAAUAUUCAUCUUUAUCUGAACUCAAAUGUCUUGAAGUAACAGAUGUAGGUUGUACUGAAAAUACUAAUCAUUAUGGAUGUUUAUUAACAGGGAUCAAUGCAUAAUGUUAAAUUAAAAUGAAUAAAAUUGGAUGUAUUAAUAAUAUAAAUAGUUGUUAAUGGGAUUCAGAUGAAAAAUCAUGUAAAAAUAUGGAUACUAAGAAUUAACCUCCUAAUUGUCCAGGAAUAGGAUAAAGUGAAGUUAGUAGAGGAUAUUGUUCUAAUUUUACAGGAUGUAGAUUAGAUACUAAUAAUUAAUGUGUACCUAUUGAUAAUAAUACUUAAUGUGAUUUAAUGAAUUCCAUUAGUGUCAAAAAUAGUAUGUUUUGUUAAAAAUCAACACUUACAGAUCCAUGUCAAUUUAAAUCAACUGAAUUAAGAUGUAGUACUACAAUUACUGGAAGUGUUUGUAAUGACAUUGUUAAUUCUAUUGGAUGUAAAUAUAUUGAAUCAAAUUGUAUAUGGAAUAAUGGUUCAUGUGUCGAUGUACCUUCAAAUACAAUAUUUAGAAAUUGUCCAGAAAUAACAUCAAGAUAUACUUGUCUACAUAAUUUAUCUACUGCUUGUAAAUGGGAUUCAACAAAUCAUUUAUGUAUAACUUAUUCUGGUGAAAUGAAACCUUGUUCUAAUUAUGUAGAUACUCUCAUAUCUCCAGGAAUAUGUUAUUUCUUUUCAACUGAUUAUUGUGCACAUAAUGGAUCUUCAUGUUAUUUAGAAAAUGAAUAAUCAAUUUGCAAUUUAUCAUUUAGUCCUUUAGGAUGUUAAAAUAAUAAAGCAAAUAAUUGUUAUUGGAAUAUACAAUAAGGAAUAUGUCUAUAAUUGGCAGAUGAAACUUUGGCUAAAGAUAUGACUUGUCCAUUAUUUAAAUAUUCUUAAAAAAGAUUUUGUGUUGCUCCAAUUAAUGAAGGAUAAAUUUGUCAUUGGACCAAUAAUUAAUGCAGAAGUGCUGACACUUAUGAAGUUAGUUGUACUUCUGAAUUAUCCUUAUAUGGAUGUUUAGCAGUAGCUAAAGAAAAUGAGAAAUGUAUAUACAAAGAUGAUAAAUGCUAAUAUAUUGAUAAUUUAAGUAUUAUUUGUUCAGAUCAUCUAAAUAUAUAUGGUUGUGUAAAUGUAACUUAAGAAGGGUAAUUUUGUAAAUGGUUAGGUUAAUAAUGUAGUUAAUUGGAUGAUUCUGAUUAUUAAUUUGAAAUAGAUUAUCAUAUUUUAAUUAAUCAACAUGUUUGUAGAAGAGCAUAUACAAUAAAAGAUAGUUUAAUAUAAAAUUUAGAAAAUAUUUCUGUAAAAUAUGAUAAUAUUAAUUAUAUUUGUAUAUAUGCAGAUAAUGAAAUUGAUUUAUGUGAUACUAAAGGAUUGAAUUAUUUUGGUUGUUUGAAAACAAAAGCAGAUAGAUGUGAUUGGGUUAAUAAUAAAUGUGUUAAUUAUAGUAAUACUAUUGAAUACUCAACUUGUGAAGAAUAUCAAACAGUAUCACCACGAGUAUGUUCUUCAAUUACUUCAAAGAAUCUUAAAUGUUAUCAUGAUAGUAUAACUCUAUCUUGUAAAACCUUUGUUGAAACAACAUUAGUAUUUAAAGAUUUUGUUAGUACAUUAAAUGGUUUGAAUAGAUUAGCUUGUUUAAGUAUUACUCAAUAACCUACAAUAUGGUUAAAUGAAGAAUGUUAAUAUAAUACUAUAAUUAAUGGAGUUACUUAAUGUUAUCAAUUAAAGAAUGUUAAUCCAGUUUCUUGUUCAUUAAUUGAUGUUGAUGAUGUUAUAUGUAAAUAUUUAUCUGAUGGUUAAUGCACAACAAUUUUUGAUUCUAAAGUUGAUACAUGUAAAACUACAGGUCUGAAUAAAUUAGGAUGUAUAUUAAUAGAGAAUGAAAAAUGUUAAUUUGUAGAUUACAAAUGUUAAUAUUAUGAUGGAAACAUUUCUGUUUGUAACAAUUUAGUAAAUGUGAAUUUAAAUGUAUGUAAGGCUUUAAAUACAUAAGGAUGUAAAUUUAGUUAUCUUUCUAGAGGUUGUGUUGAUGUAUAUUCGAAUGAUACAUGUGAUUCUCCAGGUAUUAAUUAAAUAGGAUGUAUGUAAUUGUAAAAUUGUAAGUAUAUUAAUACUGAAUGUAUAUGUUCAGGAUUAGUUUCAGUAUAUGAAAUAAUAGAUUGUACAAUCUAUAGUAUGGAUAAAUGUACUGCUUCUUAAUGCAUAUAUGAUAUGUAAUUAAGUAUAUGUAGAAACAAAGUUUGUAAUGAUAUAUCUUUAGAUGUAUGUGAUUCUACAAAAAUUAAUAAAUAUUAAUGUUUUAAGAAUAAAUCAUAAUGUCAAUCUGCAAGUAAAUGUUCUGAUUUAUUUAAUGUAAGUGAUUGUACUAAAUUUAAAAUUAAUAAUAAGAAAUGUAAUGUUGAUAUUUAUAAUUAAAAUCAUUGUAUUGAAUAAAAUUGUAUUCAUUACACUUAAGAUUAAUGUAGUGGUAAUUGUAUGUGGUCUUAUUAUGAAUGUCAACUUAAAUUAUGUAAAUAUAUGAAAAAAGAAGAAUGUACAGGUUAUUUUAAUAAUGAAUAAUGUAUAUGGUAUGAUAAUUAAUGUAUUGGUGUAAAUUCAUGUGAAGAAUUCAUUUAAUAUACUAAUUAAGAUUCAUAAGAGAGUAUUUGUAAUUAAUAAUAAAUUGGUGGAAAAUAAUGUUAUUGGUUAUAGAUUCAAUCUUUCAGUAAUAAAUAUUCUUGUAUUUCAUAAUUAUGUUAAUAAUUUGGUUCAAGUGCCAAUAAUUGUAAUGGAGCUGAAAUUUAAUAAUAAUUAUGUGUUUUAUUACCUAAUAAUCAAUGUACAUCAUGUAAUGAAAUCACAGAUGCUUGUACUUGUAUGAAUAUGGGAAAUUAUUGUUUUUAUAAUCAAUAGAGUGGAUGUCAAUCAAAUUUAUGUUAAUAUAUGGAUUAAAGUCUAUGUGAAUUAUCAAAUGAUAGAUGUAUAUAUGUUGAUAACUAAUGCAAAUAAUUAUGUACUAAAUUACAAAUUGUAUAAUGUAAAUAAAGAAACACAGAUUGUCAUUGGAAUUCUAAUACUUUAAUGUGUUAAGAAGGAAUAGAAACUGAAAUUUCUAUUAAUACUCUAUCAGAUGUUAUUGAAAUAGAAACUAGCUAAUAUUCAUCAUUAAUAACUAUUACAUCAAUAAUUUUAUUCCUUUAUAUUUGA